AACAGUAGCAGUUGAGGAGUCGCGCAAUUGACGCAGAACAGAUCUACUAAAUACAACGAUUGAAGAAUUUACAGUUGCAAUAAAUAAAGUUUCGGUCAUAAAUCGGCAAAUCAGUGCAAAGGCAUGGAAUUACAAGGGUUUUCCUGGUGCCUAAUUUAUGUCUGCCUGGCAUUUCAAGUGGUGCAGAGCACAAAAUUCCACAAUUCUUCGUUGACGCACUGGAAACGCCAUGAGGGCAAGAUAAUCAACGGCACCGAGGCACAGUGGGAAGGCACACAGUAUCAGGUGUCGGUGCGUUUGACGUCGGGCGAUUGGCUCUUUGGGGCUGGCCACAUCUGCGGCGGUGCGCUUAUCGCGCCCAACACUGUGCUGACCGCGGCGCAUUGCAUCUGGAGUACCACCUUCAAUCGUUUUCGUAAUGCCAGCGACUACACGGUGGUCAUGGGCAAUUUGAAUCGUUAUCAGCAAGAUAACGGUACUACUUUGGUGUUUGGCGUGUCGAAGUUGUCGGUGCAUCGCGAAUUCAAUGCCACCAGCUAUGCGAAUGACGUGGCAAUAUUGCAGUUGGAUGGCCGAGUGCCGGUGAAUUUUACACGCGCUCGUGUAAUACCGUUAAAUCACGAGCGAAAUUUGAAUGCCAGCCAUGCCGUAUGUCAAGUGUCCGGUUGGGGACGCAACGAGAAUGGCGUUUACUCACCGCAGUUAAUGGUGGUCGAUGUGGGCAUUGUGAAUAGGACUCAAUGUACCGUUAAUUAUGGUGCACUAGUGCGUGACGGCAUGAUUUGUGCUGGCUACAUGGAAGGAGGACGUGAUGCUUGCGUUGGCGACUCCGGUGGACCGUUGGUGUGCGGCGAUCAGCUGGUGGGCGUGGUGUCGUUUGGUGUGGGCUGCGCACGGCCCGGCUAUCCGGGCGUUUACGCAGAUGUGGCCAGUUAUGUGCCGUGGAUCAACAAUCAAACGAAGUCUUUCGAGGAUGUUGGUGGUUUUGGAGAUGACGGUGUCGGUGGUGAUGACGGUGUUGGCGAUGGCGGCGACGAUGGUGACGGUCCCAAUUAUGGUGGCGGUGUUAUUGGCGCCAAUGCAGCUGGUAUGCGCAGUUGUGUGUCGUUGCUGAUUAUGGCCUUCUGCUGCUCGCUACUCACGCGGGUGCGAUAAGCGCCUUUUUUUGGGGAAAUAAGCAACGAAUUUAUUUGUUUGUAUGUAUUUAUGUAUAUGUUGGGUGUUUCGAUUUAUUUGCAAUUUGGCAUGCCAUUGUUUACAAUCUUAUAAAUUGUGCUUUGAUUUUGAUUUCCUAUUCAAUUUGACAAGAUAAUAAAGUUAACGUCAGACGCUGAAACAACAAAAAUACAAAGGCACACACCCACACUUAUAUAAAGAUAAUGUAUAUCGAAUUUAUUUUGACGCGCCUUAUCACAUUUCAAGUUAUUAGCAAGUCCACGGAAAUAUAUGUAUGUUUAUGCUUUCGCACAUGAA